UAGGAACCCACUUCAUGCUUUUCCUUCUAUUUAAUCCAACCCUCCUUUGCAUUCUCUCUCUCUCUCUGCGCGUCUCUUUAAUCAGCCAUCGAAACCUUCAAGAUCUUCAGAUCAAAACCCAUUCUUAAUCUUAUUCACUAAUCGUUACUCAUCAUAAACUCUCUACUUCUCUCAACGUUUCCUUCUCAUCGAUGAUAGUCUGGUAUCUUUAUAAUUCUUAAACGAGGGCGGUGUCGGUGGCGCUACACUUUCUAGGGUUAGGGUUUUCAAGAAUUGGAUGAGUAAGGUGGUGGUCACAUGCUUUCUUGCCGAAGAUAUUUGGGAUAGGAUAAGGAGAGAUUGUGGGUUGGUCAUUCGUAGUCGCGGUAGGUGGGGCAAAUGUGGCUGAUUUUCUUUAUUUAUUUCUGAAUUUCCGGCCAACAACCACCGCCAUUACUUUUCCUUCUUUAUUUUCUUUUGAUCUGAUUUUCAUUUCAAGAAACAAGACUGUGCCAGGUUCACGAUGCAGCAAGAUCGGAGAAGAAAGAGUUCAAAAGAUGUAGAGUUUUUCACUGAAUACGGUGAAUCAAAUCGAUACAAAAUCUUGGAGAUAAUAGGAAAGGGAAGUUAUGGAGUCGUUUGUGCAGCCGUUGACACACAGACUGGGGACAAGGUUGCAAUAAAGAAAAUAACCAACAUUUUUGAACAUUCAUCUGAUGCUAUUCGGAUUUUGCGUGAGAUUAAGUUGCUUAGGCUUCUACGUCAUCCUGAUAUUGUUGAAAUUAAGCGGAUCAUGUUGCCACCAUCAAGACGCGACUUCAAAGAUAUUUAUGUGGUAUUUGAACUAAUGGAAUCUGAUCUUCAUCAAGUUAUAAAAGCCAAUGAUGACUUGACGCAUGAGCACCAUCGGUUUUUCCUCUAUCAAAUGCUACGAGCUUUGAAAUAUAUGCAUACAGCAAACGUGUACCAUCGAGAUCUCAAGCCAAAGAACAUAUUAGCAAAUGCAAAUUGCAAACUCAAGAUAUGCGAUUUUGGACUAGCAAGGGCUGCAUUUACUGAUACCCCAACCACAAUAUUUUGGACGGAUUAUGUUGCAACAAGAUGGUAUAGAGCUCCUGAGCUAUGCGGAUCUUUUUACUCAAAGUAUACCCCUGCUGUUGAUAUUUGGGGCAUUGGAUGUAUAUUUGCUGAAGUAUUGACAGGAAAGCCACUCUUUCCUGGCAAGAGCGUUGUCCACCAGUUGGAGCUUAUCACUGAUCUUCUUGGGACACCAUCAUCAGAUACCAUUUCUAGAGUUCGUAAUGACAAGGCAAGAAAAUACUUAACGGAUAUGCGAAGAAAGAAGCCUGUGACGUUUUCAGAGAAAUUUCUAGAUGUCGACCCCCUGGCACUUAGGCUAUUGCAAAGGUUGUUAGCGUUUGAUCCAAAGGAUCGACCAACUGCAGAACAAGCACUAGCUGAUCCAUACUUCAAGGGACUUUCCAAAGUUGAGAGGGAGCCUUCUUGUCAGUCAUUUUCAAAGUUGGAGUUUGAGUUUGAGAGGCGCAGGGUAACAAAGGAGGACAUUAGGGAAUUAAUAUUCCGGGAGGUUCUGGAAUACCACCCUCAGCUGCUGAAAGAUUACAUGGCUGGGAAUGAUCACUCCAAUUUUCUUUAUCCUAGUGCCAUUGGUCAAUUUCGGAGACAGUUUGCGUAUUUUGAGGAAAACGUUGGGAAAAGCGGGCCUGUUAUACCUCCAGAGAGGAAGCAUGCUUCUCUCCCAAGGUGUACAGUUUCUUCUUUGAGUAUGAUUGGUGGUCCUCCGAAGCUGCAGCAGUGUUUGGCUGCAUUUGAGAAUAGACCAAUGGUAGAAAACGUGUCUUGUAAUGCAAGCGGAAACAUUUUUAACGCUGCCGCUGCCCGGCCACCCCCCAGGAUGCCCAAAGGAAGGGUCGUUGGGCCAGUUCUUCCGUUUGAGGGUAGCCGAGAAAUGAAAGAUCCUCGGGUAAUGGUUAGAAAUGGUGGUGGAUAUGCAUAUAGGAGCAAUAGCGGAAAGAUUGAAGCAGAUGAUAGGGAUUCUUAUUCCUUGAUCAAACAGCAAACAACGGCAACGGCAACGGCUAAAGGGUUGAUCAACAGUAACCCGUAUUACAACCAAGGUCAUGGGCAUGGUCAACAGGCAAACGAAAGGAUAGCAAUGGAUCCGAAGUUUAUGCAGGUGGCACAGCCACAAUAUGGCGUGGCGGGAGCGGCAGCAGUUGCUGUUGCCGCCCAUAGAGAGGUUGGUGUUGUUCAGAUAUCGUAGAUGUGGUUUGCGGCGGCUCUGUUUUCGUUUUCAAUCUUUAGCUUAAAUGGUGUUUUAGUUGCUGUAUAUUGCAUACUCCUUUUGAAAUAAGGAAGAGGAUAUUGAAAUAAAAUUGUGUUUUUUCCUAA